UACUACAAACCGUACAGGCCCCGCCCAUUCGCCUGUCGCAAAUCGCAGGUGACAGCAAGAUAAUCUCAAACCAGACAUAGUUGUGGUCGUUAAAAUUACAUUGUUCUCGUUUUAUGAACGGUCUUACAGAGCAUUGGUAGGUUGACAGUGCUUUCAGUUUAAUGAAAGUAAAUCCGCGCACUCAUCUCAUCGGGUUUCCGCAGUUCAAAUGGACGUUCAUGCAGAUGGAUGAGCAUCUGUGCUAAAAACAAACGCUCAGCUCAAGCCCACAUUCCAUUUCUAAUGCUGUUAUUCGGAUUUGACACUUUCCUCACGCAUGAUCGCGCCGUUGAUCUUAAGAGAAAUGCAGGACGAAUAUAACGUAGGAUUCGUGAAGCAGAUCCUCAGUUUGAAUUUGGUGCCGAGGAAAAAUGUCACCAACUGCGGGAGGAACGACACGUCUCUGUGCGAUUUUUCCGAGAUGUGGUAUGGGGUGUUCCUGUGGGCUGUUGUCUCCUCAUUGGUGUUCCACCUGCCUGCUGCCCUCCUGGCUCUGGCAACCCUUCGCAGACAUAAGAUUGCACGAUUUUUCUCAGUCGGCAUCCUGCUAAUGGGCCUCAUCGGCCCGCUGUUUGGAGGGGUUCUUACUAGUGCAGCCAUAGCAGGAGUUUAUAAAGCGGCUGGGAAGAGCAUGUUUUCCUUGGAGGCCUUGGUGUUUGGAGUAGGACAGUCGUUGUGUGUAUUUAUCAUUUCCUUCUUCAGAGUGCUGGCUACCCUGUAGCACUAAGACAUUGGCACACCAGGCUGCCAUCACAAGGAGAGGAAGCGGUUCAGUCACCUGGGCGUCAUAUGCAAAACAUGGAGGCCUUACUUCCCAAACAGUCCCAACAACUUGUUUCCUUUGAUACAGAGCUAUGGUGUUUUUUCCAAACGGGUUUCUUAUGAGUUCUUCGAGUAACAUGGGACUUUUCAUUUGAAAAGGAAACAUUACCACUACCUUUAAAGCAGAGCUAGCCUUGCGUUACAGGUGGAGUCAUCUUGCACAUGUGUAUUUUUUUUUUUUUUAAUUAAUCAUUAUAAAUGAUAUUUUGUUGGUUGAUUUCUUUUCAUUUUCCUUUCUUAACACUUAAUUUGUCUUUUAUAAAGUUUUGGAUGAGGUAAAGACUCACUUGAUGUACAUACUAAAGCCCAUUCCAGCUUGCCCAUAAAUUAUGCUUGAGAGGAUCAACUUGCAUUUACUUUGCACUGAUUAUAUGAAUCCAUUAGGCCAAAGGCUAGAAAUUUAAAUUUGUUUCUCUACUUCACAAUGUUUUAUAUGUAUAUAUGCCUCUGACUUUGGGCAUAUUUCAAGAGAUUACAGUUGAACACACUUGUGUGUGGACUUUGGCAUUGUAAUCGUUUCAUGGCAUAAGAUUUCCUGCUGGAGUUAAGUAGCUUUUGUUGGUUAAAUUACAUAUUUGUGACCUGUUUUUACGUUCAAAGUCAUUAAGAAUUUGUUUUUCAAGUGGGCUCCAGGAUUUGGCCUUCACAUUGUUAUUUCUGUAUAUAUUAAGAGUGAUACAAUGUUGCUUUGACACUUAUUUGCCCAUAAGAUUCUGUAUGUGGCAGCCUCACCUCUUAUGCCUAACGUGUGAAUGUAAAACAGAUUUCAGCUGAAUCCAUCGUAGAAUCACUUAAACCUUCACCAAAGAAAUGAUGAACACUAUUCUACAGCCGUUAUAUAUCGCAGACACUGUUAUUUUUAGAAAAAUGUAAUGUGGAAAGAUCAAACGGAAUUACUAUAGAAUGUACAAAAUUAUAAUAUCAGAAUCAGAAACCCAAGUGUAUGUACAGAAGUAUAUAAAAUAAGAUGCUUAAGUUGCAAAAAUAUGUACUCACACAUGUAGAUGUUCUCCCUAUCUUCUUGUUCAGUAACUACAUUAUCAGCAAGAGGUGUAAUUCUGAAACUGAUAUGAAUAUGAUCUUAACACACAGUAGCAGAGUUUUUAGCCUGACAUCUAAACCAAACUUAUUUCUCAAAUAUAAGUUUCACAUUUCUUCAGUAUAAACAUUUGUAGACUUGUGUUCUGUUCUCCCAUAUUCAAGCCCUCAGGAAGUUCUUGUGUUCUGGAAGAUUCAUUCAAAGCUUGUGUGGUGUGAGUAAAUGUAAAUCAGACUAAUCUUUUUAUGAUUGGAGCUCUAACAUUAGUGGGACGCACUGAAAGCUAUGCUUUAUUCGUCUGAGCCUAUGGUCUCUCAAUUGCACAAAUGGAUUUAUUUUUCUAAAGUCCAAUCAUUGGUGGAGUGACUGCUCAUUGUUUUUGUGGUUUGUCUUUGAUUGUAUGGUCUUCUUGAGAAAUGGAUUUACUCUUUACAACGUGAUACUUUCUGGUUAUUUCUUUUUCUGGGCAAGUUUAAUUUCCUUAUUGUAUAAUAAGUGCCAAUUGCUAGUAUUUUCAUGAAAUAAAAUGGUUUAGAUUAUAAU